AUGGGUGCCAGCGAGUCCAAGCCGUCCUCCCAGCCGCCACACCUGUGGCAGGCCAAGUCCCCCGCCGGCCUCUCCCACGACCUCGUCGAGCACCUGCAGAGCAGCCCCGAGACCGAUGCGUCCCGUGCCCAGCUCUCCGAGCUCCAGAUCCAGGCCCGCGUCGCCGAGGAGCUGAAGCGGCUGCAGGCCAAGGAGUCCGAGGCCCUGCGCCUCGCCCACGAGAAGAUCGCCGCCGAGGACAAGAAGGCCGCGCCCGAGGGCCAGCGCAGCCACGAGAGCGUGUCGAAGGAGGUCGAGGCCCUGCGCGCGAAGCUGGCCGACCGCAAGAAGAUCCGCGAGCUCCCCGAGGGCGUCGAGGCCGCCCGCGGCGCGGUCGUCCGCUGCCUGCGCGACAACGACCGCCGGCCGCUCGACUGCUGGAGGGAGGUCGAGGCGUUCAAGGAGGAGGUCAAGAGGUUGGAAAAGGGCUGGGUCGAGAAGGUCAUCUCGUAA